CUGACAUCACGAUUACCUUCCGUGUUGGACGAUCCCAAACGACCUAACCAACCAACCCUUUUCUUUCCAUCGCCAUCAGACUGCCGCAUCUGAUUCUGUCAAGGCCUAUCUUGAAAUUCUUCACGCCUGUCAUUUAUCUGCAAUUGUACUGCAGCACCUGUCAAGAUGGGUAUUAAACAGCUUUUCACCAUUAUCAAGGAGAAUGCUCCGGCUGCGAUCAAAACCGGAGAAAUCAAGAACCAAUUUGGUCGCAAAGUGGCCAUUGAUGCUUCCAUGAGCAUCUACUCGUUCCUCAUUGCAGUCCGAUCCAAUGGCGAAAUGCUCACAAAUGAAGACGGUCAAACAACAUCUCACCUCAUGGGCAUGUUCUACCGGACAUUGCGAAUGGUUGACAACGGCAUCAAGCCACUCUAUGUAUUCGAUGGCGCCCCUCCAAAGCUCAAGUCCGGUGAGCUUGCUCGUCGAUACCAGAGAAAACAGGAAGCGCUCGAAGGUCUUGAGGAGGCUAGAGAGACCGGUACCGCCGAGGACGUGGAGAAAUUCUCACGGAGGACGGUCCGGGUUACGAGGGAGCACAACGAGGAAUGCCGGCAGCUGCUGAAGCUUAUGGGAAUCCCCUACAUUAUCGCACCGACUGAGGCUGAGGCCCAGUGUGCUGUUCUCGCACGAGCUGGCAAGGUCUUUGCCGCAGCCAGUGAAGACAUGGAUACCCUAUGUUUCGACUCCCCAAUUCUCCUCCGCCAUCUCACCUUCUCCGAGGCACGCAAGGAACCGAUCCAGGAGAUUCAUGUCGACAAAGUUCUCGAGGGUCUUGACAUGGACAGGAAGCAGUUUGUUGAUCUCUGUAUCCUCCUUGGCUGCGAUUACCUCGACCCAAUCCCUAAAGUUGGACCUAGCACUGCACUCAAGCUCAUUCGCGAGCAUGGAUCACUCGAGACUAUUGUGGAGAAGAUGAAGAAGGGCGAGUUGAAAUACACAGUCCCCGAAGACUGGCCAUUCGAAGACGCACGGGAUUUGUUCUUCAACCCUGCUGUCCACCCCGCCGACCACCCGGAUUGCAAUUUCAAGUGGGAGAAGCCAGACGUCGAGGGUUUGGUCAAGUAUUUGGUCACAGAGAAAGGAUUCUCCGAGGAUCGCGUCAGGCCCGGUGCAUUGAGACUGGAAAAGGCCCUCGGCACGUCUCAACAACAACGCCUCGAGGGUUUCUUCAAGCCGGUCGCACGAACUGCGGAGGAACAGAAAGCACACAAGCGCAAGCUUGAGGUGAAGGCCGAGGAGGCAAAGAAGAAGCUCAAGGCUGAAAAGAAGGAGAAGGCAAAGGCAAAAGCCAGACCUCGUGGUACAGCUUAAUCCGCGUAGUCCCACAAUCUCUUCCGACUAGUCGGAUGGGAUCAGUGCUGAGUACCGGGGUAUGAGAUGCACUUUGUAUUUUUUUGUCGUGCUUUUUUUUUUUGGUCGGUGCACAAAAAGACUGGAGUUUGGCGUUGUGGAAACCAAGGAAAUGUCUACGGGUUUUGUUACCACCUCGCUAGCGCUGCGAUGGGCUUAGGUAUUUUUAUGUCGUUUUACGAAGUAAUCUCUAUUUAUUUUGAUUUCACUCCCAGAUUCAGUUUCAUUUUUGUCAGUACUCUUGAGAAUGUUGAAAAUCUCUUUCACCAGGAUCAAAUUCACAAUGCGUAUCGCGUAAAUAGCAAGUUCGCAUCUCAAGCAUCAACCAUCUGAAA